AUGGUUUGCCCAUCGACUCUGGGCGCCGGGCUGGGCGCCGUUGGUGCCGCGGCCGGAGUUGCCAACGCUGCCACUGCUGCUCCUCGUUACGCCCUCUACUUUGACCAGUACCACACGGCAGUGCUGCCCAACAAGACGCUGACUGCCGGCAUCACUCAUGUCAUCACGGCCUUUGCCAACUCAUCUCUCUUCGCCUCCGACCCCGUGGGCACCUACACCCCAUUCAUGAACCUGUCCGACAUCCGCCCCAUGUUCGACAACGGUACCCAGGUGUGCCUGGCCAUCGGAGGUUGGGGCGACACUGAGGGCUUCCGCCUGGGCCUCGCCACCGAGGAGUCCCGCACCCUGUACGCCAACAACAUUGCCGCCACCAUGGAUGCUCACGGCUUCGACUGCAUCGACAUCGACCACGAGUACCCCGCUGGAAACGGCUACGACUACAAGCAGGUCCCCAACUCGGACCUCGUCUCCGAGAUCGAGACCUUCCCUCAGCUGCUCGGCUCCAUCAAGCAGGCCAUUGGCGGCAGGGAGCUGUCCAUCGCCGUGCCCGGCCUCGAGCGCGACAUGAUCGCCUUCACUGCCGAGUCCGUUCCCCUGAUCGACAGUGCUGUCGACGUCGUCAACGUCAUGACGUACGAUCUGCUCAACCGCCGCGACAACUACACCAAGCACCACACCGACAUCCAGGGCUCCCUCAACGCCAUCCAGGCCUACAUCGACCGCGGCUUCGCCCCCUCCAAGCUGAACCUCGGAAUGGCCUUCUACGCCAAGUACUUCACCCUCGCCGCCAACACCACCUGCACCCAGCCCAUCGGCUGCCCUCUCGCCCCGGCCGAGGACGCCCAGGGCCAGGACACCGGCACCUCUGGCGCCGUGACCUUCGAGGCCUCUUCCUUCCCCGUUACGGUCGACCCCAGCACCCUGACCUCCUCCACCGACGGAUCCUGCGGCACCGGCACCACGUUCCAGUGCACUGGCUCCGCUACUGGCGGCGCCUGCUGCUCCCAGUACGGGUUCUGCGGCGACACCACCGGCCACUGUGGAACCGGCUGCCAGGGCCAGUACGGCACCUGCACCGACGGCGACAAGAAGACCACGGCGCAGUCCUUCGCCGAUGCCCUGACCAACGGCCAGACCGACACCGAGAACGGCGGCCAGUGGUACGUCGACGCCGAGGCGGGGCUCUUCUGGACCUACGACACCCCAGAGCUCCUCACCCAGAAGUUCACCGACAUCGUCGCCGCCAAGGGCCUGGGCGGUGUCAUGGCCUGGUCCCUCGCUGAGGACAGCAACGACUGGUCGCUCCUCAAGGCGAUGCAGGAUGGUGUCAAGGGCCUGGCCGCCAACGCCACCACCGCUGCGGCCCAGACCAAGAAGAUCCGCCGCAGGCGCUACUAG